AUGAUGCAGCAGCAGCUCGCAUUACUGCUCACCGUCGGUGCACUGGUCGUCAGCGGUUACCCCACCGAUCUUGGCCAUCAUGGUGCUGGCAGUAGUAGCGGUAGUGCCGCCAGCAGCAACUCACAGUCGGCUUCCGGUUUUGGCGGCUUCCCAGCACUGCCCGGCUUCCCUGGGGCGUUCGGUCCGGGGCAAGCGUCUCAACCGCUUGUAGCUGGUCCGGUCGGCCACGGUGCCGGUGGCUGGAGCCCGGACGUGUUCGGUAAAGGAUUCCCCUCAUUCCCCACUCACGGUGGCGGUGCGUCGUCCAGCAGCAGCUCGUCCUUCUCGAGCUCGUUCUCUUCGAGCCACGACGGUAAGGUGACCGGUUCCCAGUCUCAGGCACAGUCCGGAAGCCACGGUUCGGGCCACGGUUCGAGUUCGGGUGCCUCGGCCGGCUCGCAGUCGUUCAGCAAGGGCGGUGGUCACGGGCACGGCCAUGGCAGUGAAAGUGGCAGCGCGGCCGGUGCGCAAUCGAUCUCGCACGAUCAUAACGGACACCAGGGUUCGUCGGCCGGCGCACAGUCGCAGUCCCACAGCCAGAGCGUGCACGGGCAUGAUCACGGAAAGGAUCUGCACAGUGGCGCCGGCGCACAGUCGCACUCGGCUGGCCAUCACGGCGAACCGCAGGGACAUCUGCAAACGGGAAGCUCGGCCGGAGCACAGUCACAGUCGGCUGCGGCUGAGCAGCAGCACGGCCACCUCCAGACGGGAAGUUCGGCCGGCGCACAGUCCGUCUCGCAGGAUGUACAGCAUGGACAUGGCGGUCACGGCCAUGGGCAGAGUGGUUCGUCCAGCUCGGCCGGCGCCCAGUCACAGUCUAGCCAUGUGAAGGAGCACGGACACCAUCACGGACCGGGCGGUCAUGGUUCGGGACAUCAUGGGCAGCAGUAUCACCAUGGAGGAAGCCAAGGAGGUGAGGGAUACGGAGUGCGCAUAAGUGCGGACGAGUCGAAGGACGGUACGGUGAAGAAAACGGAAAGUGAAGCGUGGGUAUGGAAGGACUAA